CGUCGCAGGUAGAUGUAGUUUCUACGCGAGUCGGAACGGUCACGCGGUUGGAUUUAUCAGUCGCCAGUGCAGCGGAAUUUCAUGUUAUGCGAUACAGCAAACAUUCGGAUUUUGGCGAGUUUUUAUCUGAAUUAUGAUAAUUCCUACACGGUUGCGUCGCUUAUUCCGUUCGUUCGAUUUUGUGCACGAAAUUGUGGUUUUUUAAUUAAUUUAUUCUCUAUAAGGUGGACCUGCUGCCGUUCGGUGGUUGGCAGAGUUUUUAUCAGCAAUAAAGUGACUUCGGGAGGGCAGGGCCCCUCAUUGACGGCGGUGUGUCGCAUGACGGCAAUUACGAUAGUGAGGUGACAAUUAUCGCGUAAACAGCUGGCUUAUUGCAAACUCGAAUGUGACCGCGGACGUGAAUUACAACAAAUGAUCGCAUAACAAGGGAAGAAUAUCGGCCGAAAAGAAACGAGAAGAUUAUUAAAGAAGAAAGGAAGGUUGUUUCAUAGUGGUGUAGAGAGGAAAAGUUUCACGUUUCGACGAGGGACGAGAGCGUGCACUGUUAUAUCGGUGGUUGGAUGGUAUUAUUUUUAUGAGACGAACAUUGAUGCUGUGUUGUUCUCUCGUAUGCUGGAACCGUCCGGAUCUUAUUGGAGAAGACGAGAGACUCUUCCGUAUGAAACACUCAAAACUGGAAUGUGCUGUGAAGUUGUAGCGGCACCGAUCUCCAGGGGAUUUCUCGCGUUUAUUGCUGUCUUCGAUACGAAUUGAAGGUGAAGGAGAUUCAGCGAAAAAGAUCAACAAAAUAGUGAAAACAUUACGAGCAUAAUCCUAACUGUGACAGCCACUCGUUGCGAGCAAACGAGUGUGAAUAUAAAAGCUUUUAAAUAAGAUUAAAAUUCAAUCGAUUGGUGCAUUAAUUGUAAAGUACUCUCAACGGAUUUGAUUGAGUGGAUGGCGGAGAUUCCCCCGCAUGUUCAAUAAUCUUUCGAUCGGAGUGUUAUUCAUGGAUCGCUUUCAGCGCUGGAACUCAAACCACAAUAUGGCCAAGGAAAUCGUGUUACUGAUAUUGUUGUUUGGCUGCAACCAAGCAUUGUCUACGUCAGACUUUGCCAUCCAACGUACGUGUGAGCCCAUCAAAAUAGAACUGUGUCGAGGAAUCGGAUAUAAUGAAACAUCGUUACCCAACCUUGUGGGUCAUGAACUGCAAACUGAUGCAGAUUUUACACUACAGACCUUCUCCCCCUUGAUCCAGUACGGUUGCAGUAAGCAGUUGAAAUUCUUUCUGUGCGCAGCCUACGUCCCCAUGUGCACUCCAAAAGUUCCAAUGCCUAUUGGACCGUGCCGGGGUUUGUGCCUCACCGUGAAAACUCUGUGCCAUCCUAUCCUGCAAGGAUUUGGAUUCCCAUGGCCGUCGGCUCUUGACUGCAAUCGGUUUCCGGAGGAGAACAAUCAUGAGCACAUGUGCAUGCAAGGUCCCGGCGAGCCAACUGAUGGUGUUAUUAUGAUCUCCAAGAAUGAUCGUCCCUCGUGCCAAGGACUGAUCAAAUCGCACCUGUAUGUGCGAUUGAACCGAUCGGGGCGAUGUGCACCGCUUUGCGAGGCCGAUAUCAUGUUUGAACAGAACGAGAAACACUUCGCGGAAGUGUGGCUUACAUCUUGGAGUGUGGCCGCCCUCUUUACGGCAAUCAUAGCAACCCUCUGUUUGAUCCUGUCGACCAAACGCUGGGACAAAAUUCUGAUGCCGCUGGUCAUUAGUCAUUGCCUGGUCACAGUCGGUUGGGCGGUUCGCUGGCUGGCCGGUCGCAACGCAACCGCUUGUGGCUAUGAUACACAACUUCCGGGCGUCUCGCUUCUGCUAACGGAUGGCCUUAUGACGGCGCCAUGUGCGGCCACGUUCCUGCUGCGAUACUACUUCGGCAUGUCGGCAGCUGUUUGGUGGGCGAUUUUGUGCUUACGGUGGAGCAAAUCGGUUCGUCGUUUGCUAAACAACGACCUGAGUGGCGAUCCGCACGCAGAGAAACCCGAAUCGUCGUACAAUACGCUGUUCCAGCUGGCUGCUUGGGGUCUUCCUGCGCUGCAAACUGUGAUCGUGCUAGUCGUUCGGCUCGUCGAUGCUGAUGAACUUUUUGGAUCAUGUUUCAUCGGAAACCAAUCAGAUCGUGCCCUGCUCGGAUUCGUCGUAGUCCCGCUGCUCACCUACUGGGUCAUUGGUUCGGGAUACCUCUUCACGGCGUACCUUCGAAAACGCUCAUCCUCGGCGCUGCUGGUCAACAACCUCCCGGUGCACAUCAACGGAAUGGGAAAGUUCCUGUUUAUCUAUUCCGUUCCCAGUUUUCUCCUGUUGGUAAUCAUGUUCUACGAGUUCGCCUAUCGGGAGAACUGGCUGAGUAUUCCCCAUCCCUCGCUGGAACCGGUAUCCUCAUCGAAGGCGCCCAUCUGGCCGUUCAUCCUGCGAGCGGUGAUAGAGCUGCUGGUUGGAGUGCUCGCCUCCGCGUGGGCCGUCGGUCCCCGGAUAGCCGGUCUGUGUCGGAGCAAGAUCAACAACCAGGUCUACAAACAGCCACAGCCCAAGUUCAACGCCUCCCCGUAUUCGGCGGCCUCCUACCAGACGGUGGUGUGUCCGCAGAACUCACUGGUGUCCGUGUCGAUAGGAAAACUGCCGCCACGGCACGCGAGGAAGUAUCCGUCGCAUUCGCACAUCAACCGAAAGCCUCGCAACUACAAGGCGUCGUCGCAAACGAUGAGCCUCACUGGCAACGAAACGGUUCUGUGAGAGGAGGUUGAGAAUCAGGCGGCGAUUGGGUUGAGGACAAAGCAGGGAACCGCUUGACAACAACACGACCAGCUAUGGGAAAUUAUUUGGGACCGUGUCGGUUGUCAGAGGCGGUGCGAAAUAUGUGAUAUUAAUUUUAGUAUGAAGUUUAAAUUAAUUUAUUAUAUUUUUUUUUGUGUACUGUGUAAAAAGCCCGCUUUUGGGCAUCGUAGGCAUUAUGUAGUAUAGGACGUUUACUGUGCAGGAUAUGCAAAGUCGAUUUCUUUUUAAAACUGCUAGUUAAAAAACUUAA